UCCAAAUUCAGACAAUCACAAAACCGGAAAAAUAUUUAUCGUCGAAGAGUUGCAAACUUUUAGUGAUGUUUAAAGGCAUUUGAUGAGUUUUUCAGUAGCAAAGGAGCCCGGAUCUUUAUCCAGUCCGAAAAAGUUGGCGUUCUGGCUCAGCAAGAAGAAGAAAUACAAGCUCAAUUUCGAGAGCUUCUUAACAUUAUGCAGCCAAGCUGGAUUCGAACUCAUCGAGAUAGAUUUAUCAAAGCCAUGGAUAGACGAAUGUCAUGUGGAUGUCCUGAUUCAUAAAGUUACAGAUUUCAUUGCUGCUGCGGAGAAUGGGGACUUACAAGCAUUUAAAGCAGUCCAAAAAAUUGAGACAUUCAUUGCAGAUCACCCUGAAGUUGUGGUCAUUGACCCAGUAGAAUCUGUCCGUCUUCUCAGUGAUAGAUCUGCUUAUUAUCCUAUUAUGAGACAGUGUGAAAUUAAAGAUGAAGAUGGUGAAGCAUUCAUACCCAAUUUUGUUAGUCUUGAAAGUGCAGACAGGAAAGCCAACAUGAGAGCAUUGCAUCUUGCAAAUAUCAAGUUUCCUUUUAUAUGCAAGACAAAUGUCGCACAUGGCUCAGAUGAAUCCCAUGAGAUGAGUAUUAUAUUCAAUGAAGAAGGUCUGCAAGACAUCACCCCACCAUGUGUCUGUCAGGAAUUUGUUAACCAUAAUGCCAUUUUAUACAAGGUUUUUGUUAUUGGAAACAAACAUUACAUUAGUGAAAGACCUUCAAUCAAAAAUCUGCAGGCUGGAGACUUUCAAACAAUAUUCUUCCACAGCCACGACGUCUCUAAGCCAAACUCCUCUUCCUUUCUCAACCAGUUGGAAAAGCCCAUACUCAAGCAAUCACCUCCUGACGAAAAAGUCGUUAAAAAACUCGUAGAUAUACUUAAAAGACGAAUGCGUUUAACCCUUUUUGGUGUUGACGUCAUCGUUGAAAGAAAAUCCAGACGAAUUGGGGUUAUCGAUAUAAACUAUUUUCCAGGGUAUGAAGGCGUAGAUAGUGCAAUUGAAGAUUUGUUUCAACAUACCGUAGAAGUUCUGAGGGACCAUCAAAAUUAACAUCUGACUGAAUCGAAUCUUCAUAUGUUUAAGAACUUAUAUUGUAGAUUUUAGGUUAGGAUGUAUAUGAUUUUUUCAUUUGCGGGAAAAUUAACGUCACACAUUCACAUUCCCGAAGUUCGUGGAUGUAGCUACAUGAGGUGAGAAAUACAGUACGUUAUUUACCAUGAUGAAUUGAUAAACUUGAUUUGGAUGAGCAACACGAUUAUUGGCGAUCCAGUUUUUUCAUUGCAGCCCAGAUUUGCGUUACAAAGAAAUAGAAUAAAAGGGUUCUGAAACUUGUCAGCUUAAUCCGAAUAGAGCAGCCAACUUUGUAUUAGCUCUCCUCAAAUUUAUUUAAAAGGAUCAUAUCUUAACCAAAAAUGAACCAUUGUCGUAUUAAUGAAUCCAUGGCAAUGAUGCAAACUUUUUUGCCUAUUGUUUGAGCGCGUAAAAGUUGAUUUUUCACGGUAACAAUGAGCAUUUAAGAAAUAGAAAACAUUUUCCGUGCUUCUAUACAGUUACAGAAACACACGUGGGAGUUUGGGAGAACGAGAAAUAAUCAGUGGGAAAACGAACUCGUAGGGCGAACGUUAUUUCGAGUUCUCCCAAACAUCCACGCGUGUUUCUGUAACUGUUUAGAAACACAGGAAAAAGUGUUUCCCAUUUUUUAUAAUAUAACUCAAUAAAAAGAUUUUGUACAAAUAUUAUAAUUCGAUUAAAUUACAAAUUCUGAUUACAUUACUUCGCCUGUCAAGUUCAACGGGAAAAUCCCCGUGUUUCUAUGCAGUUUUAGUAUACACCCGACUGUUGUCUAUUACAAAUCCUACAUUCUGAUUGGCUACUCAACCAUUGUCUAUUCGUGAUCGUGCACGCUUGGGAAAAUUUCGUUCGCGCGACCGUAUAAAAUUGAAUUCUUUUUCGGUGUAUCGAUUAUUUUCUCGAAAUUAAUAUAUCUAGGUAC